GCUCGCGUACAUUGAGCGUGACAGAUGGCUUUGUCGUCCAGUCAACAAUGGGUUGGCUCUAUAAUGACGGGUCUGAUACUGGCGUGUGCGGAACACGGUAACUGUACUGUAAAACACUCCAUGUCAGAGAGUUCAGUGACCCCCUGCUACACGUUUCGCCACAACUCCAAACCGCAAUCCAGAUAACUUGUCGUUUGAAUCUUCCUGUGUCCCUCUGAACUGGAACUUGGCGGACACAGCCUGCAGAAUGAAGGGCGCCGCUGUAUUCACCCUCGUUGAUGUAGCAACAUCACUUGGCGGCCAUGCUUUGAAAAAAGCACAAGCGGAUCAUGGAACAAUAUGGAUCGAAAAUGAUUUAAAUGGUACCUGCCUCGUAGCUGUCAGUGAGAGUCACACCUUCAACAUGACAAGUUGUACAGAGCAGAACCAUUAUCUCUGCACGUCGAACACAACAGGAAGCAAUCCUGAUUGGUAUAUACCGUGUCCAAACGACUCACCUGGCAAAGUAUUGCCCAGUGUCCAUGGGUCCUGCUUCCCCGCUAGUGCAGCGAUGGCGAAGAAAAACUGUGAGGAGAGAAGCGGGGUCUUAUUCAGCAUUGAUGACCUGAAGAUGGCCCAUGCUCUACGUAUCAUGGAAUUAGCGAUACAAGACUUGGGAGACAUAUGGAUGUUUACGAAUAGUGCAAGCACUUUAGAGAGAAAUCUGGACGUGGCCGGAACGUGCCUUACUGACGUCAACAACAACCGUUCCUGUCCUAAGGGCGUCAACUGUGGAGACUUACAUGGAUGCUGCAAGUCUACGGUGACAGAAGAUUCGACAGGUGUUAAUACCUUCACAAGAAUCAGCUGUGAGGAACUGCGUCAUUAUGUCUGUAAAAUAAACAGCACUGGUCAAGAUUUUCGCGGGAACAGAACCAAAGAAAUGUACAUUCCAUGCAUGAACGACACAUCUUCAUCAACUAUUGCUAUCAUCAUUGGCGUAGUCGUGACGGUGACGGUGGUGGCGGGCUUCAUUACAUGCUGCUGCUGUCUAAUCAAGUGCGUCACCAAGCCGAUCAAGUAUGCAGUGCGAGUUCAGAGUGCGCUGUACCACAAGAACAACCCUGGACCGGGAGUAGCCGGGGGUCCUCAGACCAAACCACAAGACAUGUUAGCUACACACGUGGUCAACCUUAACAACAUGUGAAGAAAUAACUGUUUGAUACACACAACCUGGGACUGAGUGCAACUACAAACAGCAGUUGGAGUCGGGCUCGGACGUCAAUUACAGACAUCAUAAUUGCCGAUUGGACGUCACUUUACAAUGUGUCGAUGGAGCAAUGAGCACGCCUUAAGACGAGACGAGUUUUGAUGUGACUGUGGCAUGUUGCUGCUGUUAUUCAUGAAUUCCUAAGUUGUGUGUGUGUGGUUAUAAGGUACCCACGCGACAGUCCCUAGCUGGGUGUACCAAGCAUGGAUAUAGUGCAUAGCAUCAGCAAUUAUUUGUUAAAAAAAUGCUCAUUGUUUUCAUAACUACUGAUUUGAUGUACCAUGACCUGGCCGAGGACCAACUCUCGUAUUCGUAGGGCUUACAGUUGAGAGAUUUCCUUGGGAUUUAGUUAACUAUGUAACUACUUGGGGCCUUUAUUGUGGAUAAUACAUGUUCUUGUCAUGGGAUAAUUAUGUUAGUUUAAUACAAAUCAUCCGAUGAAGGUUUGUUUAACAAACACAGUUGUCAGCCCUGGCUGACGUCAAGAGUUGCAUACUCCGAGGUCCGCGCUUGACCCUGAGAUUGUGGUCAGAAUUACUACAGAUACGUCAUUACUUCUGACUAGUUACUGUCAGUGUUGCUAAUGCGUUUACAUUCGCCUGGUAGACGUUAACACUUUGUCCUUAAAGCCUAAGUGCAUUGUAUUUCAAAAAGCCCUUUGAGCCACAAUGCGCAGAGUUAAUGACGAAUACAAUACCCAAGGUCUGUUUGGUCUGGCGUCAAUGAAUUGGCCCAUGAGCUCAUAUCAUUGAUCACUGCUAAAAGACAUUGACUUCGUUCCUUAUUAUCCUUUAUGUGUUGUAAUUCAAGUAAUACUUUCGAUAACAAACGACACGAAGUGAGUUCAUUGGGUAGCAGGAAAUUAUUUUUGUCCUUGUUUCGCUUUUGCAGACGAAAUACAUGUUUCAGGUGUUUUUUCCCAUUAUUGAAGAGGCCGUGUUUCAGAUAAAUGCAUGUUUGUGGCAAAUGUGUCAAAACUGUAGGAGAGUGUGUCCUCGUAUACGUACUUUCAGUUGUACACUGUUCAUGAUGUGGCUUAAAUACUGCCGAUGUGACUUUAAAUAUUAACUCACUCAGUCACGCAUUUUUUUACUGGGCAAAAUUAGUCAAAAAGAGUUAUACACAUUGGCAAGAAUCACAAAACAUAUAUUAAAUUAGAA